CAUUCUUUAACAAGUGAAUCGUAAUUGUGCAUUUAAUUCCAUUGUGAUUGUAUUUUUAUUAUAAAUUACGAAGAAUUUUUUGUAAACGGUGUAUGAAUUACCUUACGAUCAAUUAACCUCAAAAAAAGAAAAAAAAAAGGGAGAACAAAUUUGAAAUCGUGUCCUGUUGAAAUUAUUCAUUGAUUAGUAGAUUACUUUUAAUUAGAUGGUCAUCGUUGUUAUUCUGUAUAGUUUGGAGUCGGAUUGAAUUUAGUAUCAUCAUCGAUUCGUUGCGAUCAACGUUACUUGCGUGUGUGACUACAUCUAUACAUGUGUGGCCUUGCCCUUUUUAUCAUUAUGCUCUAUACAGUACUGGUCUGGUGUACAUACGUUGUAUGUACACGCGUAGUCCUAAAAAUGCAAGUGCGGUAAUGAGGUGAUCAUUUUGGGUUCUGCCAACAGCCCGAGAUUGUCUCUUAAGGAGGUGCAGAAUUACGGAUCGUACGAUUUUCAGACGAGAAGGUGCGCACAUUAUGUAUUGAUGAACCUAACCUCAAUCCUGUCGAACGUCGCCGAGCGGGACCAGGUGAGUCGCUACGAGACUGGAUACAUUACGGACAGGCUCAGCUCCUUCAACUUGUCCAGUAGUGUCCAUCAUCUCGAUUCUUUGGCUGCCUGGGAGAAUUCUCGACAUAGUCAACAAGAAUUUCAGGUGGAUCACUUUGGUAGUCAAAGUAGAAGGUACACUCUUCAGGGCGUACAACAACAGAGUGCAUACGAACAAAUAUUAGGUUUAGGAGAAAGAGGGAUGCCUCGCACUAAGCGAAGAGCGCCCUCAAGCACAAACAAUCAUUCUACAUCCGAAAUGCCGCCAAGCGCGCCUGAGGAUAUGCCUAGGCAUCCUACAAAACGACUCAGACACACAUCUAGUGUGAGGCGACAUACGAAAGCGGAGGAUGGUGCAAACGGCCAGAUUUUCUCACAGAAGCGCUGCAUCAGUUGGUUCCGCGAGUACACGACGGCCGAUGAACCAGAUAUGCUCGGACCCGAGGGUAUGGAAAAGUUCUGCGAAGAUAUUGGCGUCGAACCCGAGAACGUGGUUAUGCUCGUCCUUGCCUAUAAGAUGAACGCGCGGCAGAUGGGCUUCUUCACAAUGACAGAGUGGCUCAAGGGUCUCUCGGAUCUCCAGUGCGACUCUAUCGCCAAAGUUCAGCAAAAAAUGGACCACCUCAGAAAUUUACUCAACGACCAGCACAUCUUCAAAGGAAUUUACAGAUACGCUUACGAUUUUGCUAGGCAGGAUAAGGAUCAACGUAGUAUGGAUAUGGAGACAGCGCGAGUUAUGCUGCAAUUACUAUUAGGAAAACAUUGGCCACUGUUUUCGCAAUUUGCCAAAUUUUUGGAUCAAUCAAAGUACAAAGUUAUCAAUAAAGAUCAGUGGUGUAACAUUCUUGAGUUUUCACGAACGAUUAAUGACGAUCUUUCAAAUUACGACUUGGAUGGGGCAUGGCCAGUAAUGCUUGAUGAGUUUGUUGAAUGGCUGAAAGUUCAGCAGCAUGGGGAGGGAGCGUCUCAGAUGGAUACAAGAAUCAGCUGAAACAAUCAGUCGGAGUUAAUUCAUUCAUCUUAUAAAAAGCACCCACCUACUCGAAGAAACAGUCCUGGCUUUCUAUUAUCUCUUUCGAUAUCGAUUACUUGUUAAAAAGCUAAAUUUUUCAACUCAAACAUAUUGACAAAAAAAAAAUAUUAUACUUUUAAAACUUGCGGAUUAUUUUCUAUUAGUUCAGCUAUUUUGUUAUGAUAAAAAUGUCAUGAUUUAACAAAUAAGUAGAUUGAUUUAGUCUUACAGUUAGUUAGCUCUUAAAAAAAAAAUUAUAUCGUGAACGACUGUAUCUAGAAUUGCGCUUCGUGAUAAUGAAUCAUGAUCGAGGACCGAAAAUUUAUUUGUAUUUUGGGAAAUAUAUUUUUCUCCCAUUUUUAUUGCGAAAUAUGCAUAA